GGUGGUCUUGCUUUGUAAAUUGCAAUUCCACCACUUCUUCUGGUGAAAUGGCCUCUCCCGUUCCAGAAAACGAGAAAAUCGCAGGUUCGGAAGUUGUACGAGUGAAAGGGGACAUAAGCGAAAUUGACUGGACAAGCAUUUCUCGUUCUGUAUUUGUAACAGGCUUUCGAGCACACACAACACCCGAGGAACUUAUUAUUCACUUUCAGCGUCGGAAAAAUGGCGGCGGGGAUAUUGAGAAAAUCAUCCUGAGCAAAAAGGGAACAGCAGUGAUAACAUUUGAUAGCCCUGAAGGUGAGAGGAAUAACGAAUUAUUAUUAUAUAUUGAGUUAAACUCAGUGUUAACCCGAACAACCAGCACAACUUUGUUUGAUUAUGUGUACACAUGUAGAUGUAAAUUUACUUCCUUGUUACAUAUUUAAUGCAAGGUUUCCCGAUAUUUUGGUUUCGCUUUCGACCGAAUCGUCACAUCAUUGCUUGUGUUAUGACCCUAGAAAGCAACAUCUAUUUCUUUUAACGGUGUGGCCAUACAAUUAGAGAGUGAUUAUAUGUUCAUCACUGAUCGAAGAUAUGUAAUAAACGAUAAACCCCUAGAGCGCUACAAGCAGCUAAAGUACGUGUAAUACUGACAGGGGCACCCAACGACUGUUUUCUGUAAAAUAUCUGUUCGGAGAAGCAAAUAUUGCCUACAAUUUUCUAUUACAUGAGGACGGCUAAAAAUUUCGUGACGACCCCUCCAUUCAUGUAUAAUUUUCGAAGCGCAACUAAUAAAUUCUCUACGAUUUUCGGAAGUAGAAUUUUUCACAUUUCACUCCCCAGGUUAUCCUAUUUUUCGUAGAAAAGAGGAACGUAAAAUUGUCGGAUUCAAAAAUGUGAUGGAAAGGGGAAUCAGAAACAUUCUCUCCUUCGUAAUACGUUAAAUUGCACCUAAUAUUUUCGGGAAAAUAAUACUGAAACCCUUGUAAUUUCGAAAGUACUCAUGCAAGUUCCCCUAGGAUGACCGAACAGAUACAAACUUCAUAGCGCCGAUUAGAAUGCAUUUCUAGAUAUCUAAAAGUACUCUGGAUAGCCUAAAAAGUGUUUUCAGUGUAUUUAGGAGGAAACUGUCGUUGGGUGCUCCUGUACUGACUUCUUAAAAACUGGCUAGCUGUCUGUCUCGAAGGGAAAUAUAUCUACAAUAAUCUAAACGGAUGUCUUCCGAAAGUAACUAUUUUCAUUGUUGCAUUUUUUUCUAGAUUUUUCAUCCAUUCAACAACAAGAACAGCACUUUCAAGGGGUAAUUUUGACAGUGAAGCCAUAUAUGGACACAGUACUAACCAAGACUGAUCAAGGCCUGGAGGUACCAGUUUUGAGUGUUUUAAAACUGUUUAUUAUAUAAACGGCAGUGUUUUACAAGGAUUUCUACCACCGAGAAAUGUGGUAUCUGAACACACGUAAAAAUACGAUAUUUUUACAUGUGAAGAUAUCGAUAAUUUCACUGACAUUAGGUUUGUCUCUUAAAUUGUACUUAAAUUUGUUGGUGUCGGGUCUUCCUCGAAAGUGCUCGGCAAUCUUCGGCAAUCUUCGGAAAUCUUCGGAAAUUUUCGGAAAUUCUCGCAAAAUGUUCGGGAACGUUCGUCUGGUCUUCGGGACAAUUUGAAAAAUCUUCGGAAAAUCAUCAAAAACGCCGUCAUCAGUAUGUUUAUAUAAUAAAAAGAAUAUUACACGUUAGCUCGAAGAUAUGAAUUUUAUGUUCUCGUGGCAAGAGCAAUAUCUCACUUGUUCGCUGCGCUCACUCGUGAGAUAUUGUUCUUGCCACUCGAACAUAAAAUUCGUAUCUUCUCGCCACCGUGUAAUAUUCUCUAUUUGUUUAUUAGCGACUUCAUUCUUUAAGCCUGAGUAGUUUCUUAAUCAAUGCUUAAUUAAUAAUAUUAUUUAACAAUUAAUGAAUGAGGCUGAGUAUCUUAUGAAGAAUUAUGGAGAUCGAGGAGGGUGUUAUCUGUCGAGGCCGUAGGCCGAGGCGAAUAACACCCUCCGAGAUCUCCAUAAUUCUGCAUGUGAUACGAAAGCCAAAUUCAAUAAUUGUUUUAUUAUUCAUUCAAAAUAAUUCCUAGUUUAAAAACAUGGCUAAAACGUGCUUACCUCCAUUGAUCCGUCGAUGUUAAGUUCAUCUAGUACACAUUUAGGGUCGUUCAGCUCUGCAAAUAUUCUCCAAAUAGCAGAUGUCGCCCUUCAAGUUGCCUUCUUGCUGUUCUUGCCAUGUUUUAAGCUAUUUUUUCGUCUAGUUCUUACUCUUGAAACGAGUGAAAUGUUCGCCAUUUUUCAAGUUCACAACCAAAACAACUCAACCUCAUCCCCAGGUCUUCUCAGUUAACGGUGCAUUAACCUGCAAGAAUACUGCAUUUUUGACGUCAUUUCCUCACUAAACACAAAAUUCUUCCAAAUUUGGUCAUCAGAAACUGGUUAUGGUGAAUUAAACGUGUGCUUUUAGCCAAUCAGAAGCGGGGAAAUAUUUUGAAUGCAUAAUAAUAAAUAAUAAUAAUAUAAUAAUAAUAAAAAAAAUAAUAAUAAUAAUAGAUAUUAGUAUAUACACACUCAGUGAUCUUGGUAAUUCAAGCAAUCUGAUUGGUUAGCUAUCUCGGACUAUGACGUUAUAUUCACCGCGCUAGGCGGGGAAUAUAAAGCCGAACAAAAUCGCUGUCGUGAACUGGGUUUUUUGCCAAAGUUUCAAAGUAAAACCUUUUUGAAAAUACACGAAUAUCCAAGUGCUGAUGACUUUGAAGGCAAGAAAAGACUUCAUGGUGUUUAAACAGCGUGAUUUAUUGUGAAAUGGUUUACUUUAGCUGACUUUUUGUACGCUCGAAGCUAUGUUUACCACUACAGAGGAAAACGAGGUCGCUUUGUCACUGUUUUGUGAUUUCGGGAUUUUCUCACAAGACCAAUUUUGCCUAUAAAUAGAAGUUAAUUUAUGGAGAAGAGAGGAAGGCAAAUAUUUUCGAAAAUUGUACGUGCCAGCAAGUUAACAAGGCAAAGAACUUUGGAGAUAAACAACGCUCACCUUGAUCCCCUUGCGAAAUGAAUUCCCAGAGUUCUGGGAAUUCCUAGGAAUUCCAAUUUAUUCCAAGACAUGCAAAUGAGCAAAGAUAAAAAACCUUGGAAUAUUUGGGAAUACUUGGGAAUGGGUUAAAACACCAGUGGGAAUUUUUGGGAAUUCCUAGGAAUUCCCAAUAAUUCCAAGUUUGAAGGAAACUGUCUUUGGAACUUAUGGGAAUUAUUGGGAAUUGCUAAAACACCAAUGAGAAUUUGUGGGAAUUCCUAGGAAUUCUCAAUAAUUCCAAGUCAUUGUUAACUUGGAAACACUGGCUUAAUUUUUGGGAAAAACGAUAAGUGUUCAAAGGUAAUAAAAAGCGUAAAAAAUUUUAAUAAUCAUUUCUUUAAUUGCCUAUAACAACAAGGAUUUCUUGACAUUAACCAGCAUCUAUAUACAACAUUUAUUGCGACUUAAAUCUUUAAAAAAAAAUUAUCAACAAUAAGCACGAUACUGAAAGCUUAUUCAAAGAGCCACCCGUCUUCUCGUACCUGAGCUUUCCAAACAUGCCCACAACACGUUUUUCAUCGCGGCUUUGCCUAAUAAAAGGUCAUCGCUUCUUGAAAAAACAAUACGAAGUUUUCCUCUCGCUGCUUAUACCUCAAAAGUGUUGGAAUAUUUUAUUUAGCUCUGAAAACGACCGCUUUUUUCAACUUGCUCAUCAUCGAGCAAAAUCAUCCGCCAUGUUUGAGCUAUACUGGUUACCAGUCUCCCCACUAAGUGAACUGCUUCAUCACGUGCGCCUUUUGAACCAAUGGAAAAGUGUGAAAUGAAGUUCCGUUUGGUGAGUUCAAAUUCACGCGGACUUUCAUUAGCAAGAGCACAAGUAUUUUGCAUCCGAAAUUGACGUUAUUUUAAACGCGGAUUGUUCAUUUAUUUUGUUGUUGACACAUGAAACGUGCUUCCAGUCGUGUCCGAGAACGAUAAGUCAGCUGGAUUGUGAAAGGUAAAGGUACGUUCCUGCUUCGUAAUGUGUCUUCUGAUGGUAACCACGUACUCAAAUAAUGAAGCUGGAGAUCAAAGUGGAAUUAUAGAUCGUUCCGAUAUAUGAACACGAAACUUCAAGAUGGCAUGGAAAACCAUUUAUUGGUUCCUUUUUGUUUACUGGAGACAUAACUGUAGUCGUUGUUGCAAAAGGUUGAUGGAAUUCUACGUGAAUAAGCUAAUACUCGAUCAGAUUCUGGCGGAUUUAAUACAGUAGAACCUCGGUAACUCGAACUCGGAUAACUCGAAUUCUCUGCUAAGUCGAACUAAAUUUGCUUUCUCUUGAUCAAGAUUUCACUGAAAUUUACCCCGAUAACUCGAAUUCCCCACUUAAAAUCGAACUAUUUUUCGUUUCCCUUUAGAGUUCGAGUUCACCGCCGGGGUUCUACUGUAGUCAUGAACAAGUAUGUUUAGACGCCAUGUACUACAAGUAUUUUAGUUUCCAGUUCAUUAUUUUGUUCUCAGUUUGAGUCCUGAAUUAAAAGAGCGGCUUAAUAAGGGCUUAGCAGAUAAGCUUGCUGGAAGCAAGUUGGCCUGACUUUUUCUUUUUUUACAUAUAUGUUCCCGCUGUAAAAUUAAUUCAGUCAAGACUCUUUUGCUGUAUUAUUCCAGUUACAAAUGUGUCCCACAAUUUUUCAAUAAUGACUCGAGAACAAUUUAUAUCUCAGGACUUUAAUUGUUUUAUUCAAUUUUUUAAAAAACAACAUGUACCAUAAGAUGUGAUUUUGAACAUUAUUAUCAUAAACUUGUUUAAAUGCAAUUUCCAUGCUUUCUCCAGUUGGUAAUUAAUCAUUAAAUUUGUGUAUACUUUACUAUCCUGGCAUUGGAUCUUGAUUGAUGACAUGAUGUUAAACCUGUAAACUCCUAGAAUUCUUAGGAAUUCCUAAGAAUUCCUAGGAAUUUCUAGGAAUUUAGAACCAGAACUUUUUAAACUGGGAAUUCCUAAGAAUUCCUAGGAAUUCCAAGUCCGAAUUUACCGUGAAAAUUCACACCUACGAUUAGGAUUUUUUUCCUAGGAAUUCCUAGGAUAAUCCUAGGAAUUCCUAGGAAUUCCAAAAGUUAUUUCGCAAGGGUCGCAGCCGCUGUUGACAGCAUUUGCAAGAAGCGAGGAAGAAAACUUUCUCAUUCACGGUGAGUUGACAGAAACAAAUAAAGCUCUACUGAUACUUUUCUUCUCAGAAUUGGGUAGUAAUUUAAAUUUUCGGCGUUUUCUUUUAAACCGUUGGUGCUAAAGCUUACAAAACUCGAUACAAAAGGAUUAAAACUAUCAUUUGCCAUGUUUGAAGAUACUGUAAAGAUCUAACUUUUGCGCAUCCACUGUUUACGGCUUCGUGUUCACGCAUGAAUUUUCACCCGUCAAUCAAACUAAUCGUUUUUUAAUGGUUUCUUUCUGAUUCUGUUGAGAUCACUUCGUGUGAAUAUACUAAAACAAUUAUUCACCUCAGGCUCAGUUAAUAUUGUUGAAUAAUCCUCACCCCUAUUUGGAGGUUUUCAGUGAUAAUGAACCAAUAAUUCAAAUGGAACAAAAUAGACAUAAUAUGGUUAAAAAUCCCAACUGGUAGGUGGCGAACCAGUUGGCUAUUUUACAAAGUCCUUGGGGAAGGGGGGGGGGGGGGGGGAGGUACUUGACUAAUAUUUGGGUAUUGGUGAGCUGCUGAGGGUGGUAUGAAACCCUAACCUUGUUUAGGACAGAGAAAUUCCCGAAAUAAAAACCCUGUUUAGGACUACACCCUCAGUUUUAUUUCCCUGCUAAGGACAAAGGACAAAAAGCAUGCUGCCUUAUUUUACAAUAUUUUAGUCAUGCCUUUAGUUUAUUUGGAGUACCAACAAAUUUCAUCAAGGAAAUUAAAACAUCUUGUAGACAAUACCCUAUGAAUUAUAAUUAGGACAGACUCACAUCAAAAUAUAGACACUGUUUAGGACAAAGUAGCACAAAUUUUCAUACCCUGUUUAGAAAUGAGAGGAUGAAAUCAUGGGCACAUCCCCAUAUAGGCCAUAUAAGGGUUUGUACACCUGUGGGUACAAACUGUGGCCAAGGAUUUGAAUUUGCGGCUACUGAGGACAAAUCCAGCUAGUGGUCAGGGUGAGGAUUGGACGCAGGGCCUCCGUAUUACAAGUACAGCCCCCUUACCUGCUCUGCUAUGCUGCCUCCAUCCCAAUCAGAGAGGUAAUGAGAAUUAAGCAUAGCAUGCACAGUGCACAGUGCCGCGUCCAGACGUUGAGAUAAGGGGGAGAGGGAUGAUAGGGGGGCAGUCUCCAAAAAUAUUUUUUUCGGCACUCCGGGCCUCAGUUUGGGCUAAAGAUGGGGGCGAACCCCCAGGGCCCCUCCCCUGAUCCGCCACUGCAUCACCUCAGAUCAAUUUUCUCGAUAUCUUAACAUUUUUUCCCUCCAUACACUGCUCUAAGAAGGGCGGGGCUAAAAAGAAAAAUUAAAGAAAAUUAGAAGUCAAAACAAAUCAGAACUGAAUGCUUUCCCUCAGCUCCUAAAAGCUCUGAUCCUAAUCCGAGUGCGUGACCGUUUACAUUGUUGUCUUUUGCUUUUGUCUUUUACCUUUUUCCAGGUAUUUGAACUGGUAUCAGCUGAUCUCGACUUGGAAUUUGUACAGUCUUUAUCGCGCGAGCAAAUGAAAGCUCUCUUGAAAGACAUCGGUAACGAAAAUGGCGUCCGAUGGAUUGAAAGAACCGAGACUUUCUCGAUUUCAGGAACUUUUCAACAAGUAGAACAGACUCGUAACCUCUUGAAGGAGACUGUAAGUCAAUCCAAUGGAAUAACUGUUUUCGCUGGCCUGAAAAGAAAAGACAUAUCGCAGGAACGACCGCCAUCUCACAGGGAGAUAGAAAAUCAGGGAGAUGUCAGCCAAAGCACCAAUAAUGGAUCCCACACAGAUGAUAGGAACUCUGCAAUAUCCUUCGAAAUUCCAGAUUUUGAGAUAGAGCCGAAAAUUUUUAAAGUUUUUAUCAAAGCAUAUGAAAAAGAUCUUCACGAUAUGGAAGCCAAGUAUCAUGUCCAGAUACCCAAGAUGGCCGAGGGUAGCAAGUUAAGUUUGAAACCAGAACGUUCGUGUACUGCAAAUGAUUACGAAGAGGCCUGCAACCAGUUUAUCAGCCUAUACCAAAAAAUGUUCCAGCGUGUUAAAAGGGAGCGUUUCUCUCUCAAAAAUGAGAAAAAGGCUGUUCCUGCUCGGGACACGAUAAACAAAAUGGGUAAAAAGUUGCCAAUUUUAGUACAGGUAUCCCAAGAUCGAAAGCACUGGGAGCUCUACGGAGAGGUGGGCCAUAUUGAAGAGGCUUUUAGAUAUCUCGAGCAUGAAGGAGUGGAAAUAAAGAGGGAACAAGAGCAGUUCAUGGAAGAAGAUUCACACGAUUACUCCAGCGGUGUCAAGACAACAAGUAAUCGGCUAGAGACCUUCUUACUAGGCAAGUGAAAUAUCGGUGAUUGUCUGGGUUUAUGGUCCACAAAUGUUAUCUGAAGAUAUAGGUCGAAAUCCAGGGUAGCCUUUCUUUUAGGUAACUGUAGACGCAUCCUUUGUGUUAUUAGUAGGUCCACAGGACGUAUGUCUUUCCCUGCAUUUUUAUCCUCCCUUGACUUUGCGUUCCUGAUAUAAUAAGCUUUUUUACCAUUUAGUGCCCGUAGUAAUUCAUCAGAUAAGUCUUAUCUGUUUUUGAAAUCGUACCAAACGGAAUGACAUCUUUGGAGUAAAACUCUGACUGACUCUAUUUGGAGCAUUAACCCGUUCGUGACCAUGAUAAUACUAUACAACUUUCCUCGACUAUUCCAGCCAUGACUUUAACUGAAAGCGAAGAACUCGGGACAUUAAACUCUUCAUUUUAAGGUGUUUCGAUUCGAUGCAGUUUUUCGCAGACCAUACCGAUGUGUUACAGUCGCCUUAAAAAAGAUUUUAUCCUUGGCCGGAUCGCCAGAAAAUUUUCACCAGUCAUUGACUAUGAAUUAAAGUUUGUCAAAAUGCAGUUUUUAGUAAAAUCGAUAUCACUAUGACAACAAUUAACAAAAAACUGUCAUAUCGAUCAAAUCCGAAUUUCGCGCGAUCUGGAUCUGCUACUAAAAAUCCGACGCCAGGAACUUAACGUGUGGUGUUUAGCGAAUAACCUCCGUGAGAAGGAAAAAAUUGUGUAUGUUUGAAUUCAAAUAAAACGUGAACAUAUUUCAAACCUUAUGUUUUCAAUCGCCGUGAUAAUCAUAAAGUUGAUCUGAGUUAACGUCUUUAGGGUGGGUUCCUUUCGAAUGACCCGGAUCAGGAUCAGUGAUCCGAGAUCACUCGGAUCAUGAUCCAUCAAAAAGACCCGAUGAAUCAUUUCCCAGAAUGGAUUCGUUGACUCCUUUGUUGCACUAUGAUCCGCGUGAUCAUAGGGAUCACUGAUCCUUAAGACCCAGAUCAUGCAAAGGAACGCAUUCAUACGUUACAGUGCCGAACACACUUAGGUGUUAUCAGCCAAUCACAGGUCUCGACAAAGAAAUCUCACUUUCGUAGUUCGUUAGCCAAUUCUAAACGAGAACCUGUAAAGUUUCAAAGUGUCUGUGACGUGGUUGAGUUUCUUUAAUUUUUUAGAUGGAAAAGUGAAGGUUUCAGUUUACAAAGGCGACAUUACAAUGGAAAAAGUCGAUGCCAUUGUAAAUGCUGCUAACGAGGAUCUUAUACAUGCGGGAGGCGUAGCCAAGGCCAUUCUUGACAGAGGAGGAAAGACGAUCAGGGAAGAGUCCAGAGCAAUCAUUCGAAGGUUUGGUGUGCUGAAAGAUGGGGAAGCAGUCACUACAAAACCUGGAAAAUUGCCUUGCAGUGUGGUAAUUCAUGCUGUUGGACCAAAAUGGGAGCGAGUGGAACCGAGGAAAAGCAAAAGGAUACUUCAUCAAGCCUGUCUAAACGCUUUCUCUGAAGCUGAAAAACUAAGCCUGGACUCCAUAGCAAUACCAGCGAUCGGUUCCGGUAUAUAUGGGGUACCGAAAGACGUUUGUGCUGAGGUGAUGCUUGAUGCUGUGGAAGAAUAUGUUACAAUAGUCAGCCGAAAUAAUAAAAAACUUACCGACAUAAGAUUGGUUGACCUAGAUGAUCUCUCCGUUCAGGCCUUUCAAACAGAGUUUCUGUGUCGAUAUGGAGACAAACUUGUAACAGAAAGUAGUAACAAUCUCAAGGGGCAGCCAAGGUCGAAUCGUAGUAGGAAAGGCAAGGGCAAAGGGUCAAAAGGUAGUGGCUCAACGAAUAACUCUCCUGGCAGUUCUGAUGCUCGUGACGAUCAUCCUUUGAGUGCAACAGCCACAUCUUACAGUGGUGCAGUGAAACGAAAUGUGGGCGAGAAGGAUGGGAAAGCGCCGAAAACAGCUGAUGGAGCCAAGACAGACAAGGAAGAGGAAGGUAGAAAUGGUAUUUGUUACGUGCAAAAGCUUAAUAUAUAGAUGAAACCCUGAAUACGCGACGCUCACAUCUCAAAAUCAGUAAAAAAAUAGUAAAUGACUACCAAAUGAAAAUUAAUAUAAUGACAUAGUUAACUGCUGAGAGGUGCAGUACGAGCACUGAUCUAAACCUGAACGACCGACUAUAGACCGUACGGCGAAACUUCUCUACAGACUGCACACGUGCACUUCACUAACUUUAAUGAUCACGUGCUCAGUCGUUUCAAAGUCCCUCGAUCGUGAGAACGUGUUCUUUUGAGAACGACACUAAAACGCGAUACUCAAGACUCAUUACUUUUUUGUUCCACUUAUUGCAAUCUCGUUUUACUCCGAACUGUCAAAUUUAGUCUUAAAGUUACCAUUAUAUUAUCGUAAGAUAUUGCAAACCUAGUAUCACAGCUUCCUCUCCCCGUUUCAACUAUUAAUACAGGUGUAACUGGCGAUAUUAAACGAGAACUAGAGAGUAAGCGGUCUGUUAUCAGCUAAUCUUUUGGCGAAAUGAAUUAGCUGCACGAUCGUAUGAAGAAAUUACCCCUUUCAGUAGCUUGCAAUAAGAAUGAGAAAAGAAAACACUGAGACGAACAGGUAGUUUUACUGUGUAAUCUUACUGAAAAGGGAACUCCCCAAGAGAAUGAUCGAUCAGUUAAUCUCAGUGAUGUUGUUGAUGAAAGAAGAUCGUAAAUGCCGUGAACAAAUGUAAAUCUGAAUGCUAUGGUUGUUUUCCUUUUUUCUUUUUUAGAAAAAUGCCCAAUUUGUCUUGAUCAUAUCACUGGGCCAAGACGUUUGAAGUGUCGGCACGUGUUUUGUUCAGAGUGUCUUCAAAACGCGUUAAAAGUGAGCAACAAGUGCCCAGUGUGUCAAGAACCUCAAGGUGUUCUUCGAGGAAACCAGCCUCGAGGAGAAAUGGAAAGUCAUUGCGAGUCAUUUAGAAGUCUCCCGGGUUACCCAGGUAAUUUUAAAACUCGGUUUACAAGCGACGAUCCGCUGGCGACAGUAGGGAACACAACAGUACUGUUAAAACAGCAAAUAUAGGCUUAAUAUAUGAGAAAAAUCAACAGCAACAGCAACAGCAACAAAAACUCUGCAUGAGCAUCACGCUUUUUGUUCAUUUCUUCGCCGCAAAUGUAAAAUUUUUCUCUCUCUUUCAAUGACAUAUCAGGUUCCAGUCGCUGCUAUUUUAGGUUAACACAGCUGGGUCUCUGUAAAAGCUAAAAUUUGAUUUGGUUGUUUGCCUCUUCAAGUCUAGUGUGACAAAGGUAUGAACCCCGACUGGAAGUGAAUUGACUUGACUGCGCUCAUGCAAUUUCAUUACAAAAUUAUGCUCCCACUAUGCUCCCAUCGAGAAUGGUUUAGAGCAGCGAUUUAAGAGUUAGUGGACUACUUUGAUUUCUGUGGGAGUGUAGCCUGUCAGGUUUAAAACCCUCUUCAAUAUACUACAGCUUGAUUAGUUGAUUCUUGUCAGUGUAAAUUGGUGAAGGAUCUUUAUACUUUGUUUUCCCUGUUUGCAGGGUGUGGUACAAUCAUCAUCCGAUAUUACUUUCCAUCUGGGAUGCAGGGCCCAGAGCAUCCACACCCUGGUCAGCAUUACGAGGGUACUACACGAGAAGCUUAUCUUCCAGACAACCGUGAAGGAAGAGAGGUUUUUCAGCUACUAAAGAGAGCCUUUGACGCUCGGCUGGUGUUUACGGUUGGCACUUCAAAUACAACGGGACGUCCAAAUCAGGUGGUAUGGAAUGAUAUUCAUCACAAAACUAGCAGGAGUGGAGGACCUUAUGGGUAAGAAUUUGUAUUGUAGCCGACCAGGGAACCACUCUAAGGCAAACAUCAGUGAAUUAACAAUACGUUUUUUAAGUAAACCAGUAAUUGUGACUGCUCGGGGUAACCGUGUGAGGGACUAACAUCCCGUCCAGGAUUGAGUAGCAAGAUGUAAGAGGGGAAAGUAAUUGAUAAACUGAAAGGGCUACUUGUUAUUUAGUACACAGCUUUCAAGAAAUAUUGUCCCAGGAAAGCCACUCAAUCAAUUACAAAAUAAUGUAACAAAAUUAUGAAUCAUUAAUACACAAUUCUUCAUCCCUUACAAACAUAUGUUGUUUUGUUUAAAGGUUUGGAUAUCCUGACCCAGAUUACCUGCGGCGAGUUAAAGAAGAGCUGGCUGCUAAAGGAAUCCGCUAAUGAAACUGAGAAACCCUCUUACACUACUGUUCAACUGACAGAAUGAUAAUGUCGUCAGUAAAAUAGGUGUACAUUGCAUGUAGACCGCUACUAAAUCAUUUUUUAUAAGUUUUUAGACCAUUAUGGUUACAUAGAACGAAAUUUAUCUAGGGCGCUCACUACUAAACAGUUGUUCACAAGAGAAAGAACUCGUUCAAGCACAGCGUGGCCUUCGUCAAUGUGAGCAUAUAAGGAAGGGAAGGUGCUUGACAACGUUACACUGUUACUAUUGUUUGAGAUGCAGGGUUACACCUUGUCAAACUGAGCCGCGCGUUAGGGAACCCAGAAUAGGGUAGGCUGUUACGGUUCGGUUGCAAGCAUAAGAUAACCUCAAGGGUUGUGUUGCUUAAAGAAGGAACCCAUUUUUGGAGAGUAAUUUAAAUGCAGAUCUGAACGCUUACAAAGCAAAUUCAGGUUAAUUCUCUUGCCUAUAACUUCACGUUUGGAUUUUCUAAAAUGAAUAGUUAAAAUUUAAAAAUAGUUAAAUGUCUUUGAGCAAAGUAAACAGAAACAUGGAUUUAAUGUUACCUGUGCUUGAUUUUAUAGUGACAAACGACCCCUUCGAAUGCCAUCUUUCAUCUUUGCUAGAUACUAAAUACCAUAAAACGACACGACAUGAAGCCUCGAUGUUCCUUG